CCCAUCUCUCCAAGCACCAGCCCGUUUUCCUGCCUCCAUCCCAGCUCUGCUGUCCUUCCUUCCCUGCCCAAGCCUUCACCUUGCUCUGCAGCCCAGGACAGUGACUGUUCCCAGACGGAGAGCGGAGGAGCAGCAGGGUGGAUGAGAGAAGGAAAAUGCAGACAGAGAAGCACCUCACAGGAACACUGGUCCUCUCCGUCUUCACUGCGGUUUUGGGCUUCUUCCAGUAUGGCUACAGCCUGGGGGUCAUUAAUGCCCCCCAGAAGGUGAUAGAAGCGCACUACGGGCGCGUGCUGGGCAUUGUGUCCCCAGACAGAUACUCCACCAAUGCCUCCGGGGAGGAUGGCACGUUCCUCCAGGCUGGCACAGAGGGCACACUCCCAGCUCCGACUGACGGCAGCGAGGAGCUCGCUGCCUCCCCACACAUCCUCACCAUGUACUGGUCCCUGUCCGUGUCGGUGUUUGCUGUUGGAGGCAUGGUCUCCUCCUUCACCGUGGGCUGGAUCGGCGACCGGCUCGGGAGAGUGAAAGCCAUGCUGGUGGUGAACGUCCUCUCCAUUGCUGGGAACCUCCUCAUGGGGCUGGCGAAAUUUGGGCCAUCCCACAUCCUCAUCAUCUCCGGGAGAGCGGUCACGGGGCUGUACUGCGGGCUCUCCUCGGGACUCGUGCCCAUGUAUGUCAGCGAGGUCUCUCCCACGGCCCUGCGAGGAGCGCUGGGGACGCUGCACCAGCUCGCAAUCGUCACAGGCAUCCUCUUCAGCCAGAUCCUUGGACUAGACUUUCUUCUGGGCAAUGACGAGAUGUGGCCCCUGCUGCUUGGCCUGUCUGGCGUGGCUGCCCUGCUGCAGUUCUUCCUGCUCUUACUGUGCCCUGAGAGCCCUCGAUAUCUUUACAUCAAACUGGGGAAGGUGGAGGAAGCUAAAAAAAAUUUGAAAAGGCUCAGAGGAAACUGUGAUCCAAUGAAAGAGAUUGAAGAGAUGGAAAAGGAAAAGCAAGAAGCUGCUAGUGAAAAGAAAGUCUCCAUAAGACAGCUUUUCACCUCUUCCAAGUACAGGCAGGCUGUCAUUGUGGCACUGAUGGUGCAAAUAUCCCAGCAGUUCUCAGGAAUCAAUGCGAUCUUUUACUACUCCACAAACAUUUUCGAGAGAGCUGGGGUUGACCAACCAGUUUAUGCAACCAUCGGUGUUGGAGUGGUGAACACGGUCUUCACUGUUAUCUCUGUCUUGCUGGUGGAGAAGGCGGGCAGGCGGUCCCUGUUCCUGGCAGGUUUGAUGGGCAUGUUAGUCAGCGCCGUGGCCAUGACAGUUGGGCUUGUGCUCCUGAGCCAGUUUGCCUGGAUGAGCUACGUCAGCAUGGUCGCAAUCUUCCUCUUCGUCAUCUUCUUCGAGGUGGGGCCCGGGCCCAUCCCCUGGUUCAUCGUGGCCGAGCUGUUCAGCCAGGGCCCGCGCCCUGCCGCCAUCGCCGUCGCCGGCUUCUGCAACUGGGCCUGCAACUUCAUCGUGGGCAUGUGUUUCCAGUACAUAGCGGAUCUGUGUGGACCAUACGUGUUUGCAAUCUUCGCGGGUCUGCUCCUCAUCUUCUUGCUGUUUGCGCACUUCAAAGUGCCGGAGACGAAAGGAAAGUCCUUUGAGGAGAUUGCAGCUGUGUUCCGCCGCAAGAAGCUCUCGGCCAAAGCCAUGACUGAGCUGCAGGACCUGCGACGCAGCGAGGAGGCAUAGAC